AUGGCGACGAACAAACCCGCUGCCCGUCCGCCUCUGCCUCCCUUUUUAUCGUUCUCCAGCAUCAUAACUCAGACAUGGCCACCGAAACCAAGUUUUACUGAAAAAGACAUUCCGGAUCUGUCAGGCAAGGUCUACAUUGUCACGGGCUCUAAUACUGGAGUAGGCAAGGAGGUCGCCCAGAUCCUUUACUCUAAGAAUGCCAAAGUCUACGUUGCUGCUCGAUCUGAGGUCAAAGCAACACAAGCCAUAGAAGAUAUCAAGAAGAAAUGGCCUGAGAGCAAAGGUGAUCUGGUGUUCUUGUAUUUUGACCUCGCCGACCUUUCCACCAUCAAGCCUGCCGUUCAGAAGUUUACCUCCCAAGAGAGCAAGCUUCACGUGCUUUUCAACAAUGCCGCAGUUCAAGCACUCAAGAACAGCGACGGCUCGAUCAAGACUGCACAAGGCCAUGAGCUUCAUCUCGGCGUCAACGUCCUUGGGGUGUUCCUUUUCACCAAGCUCUUGACGCCCAUUUUAGCCUCCACGGCGAAGAUCGAGCCGCCGAACUCAGUCCGCGUAGUCUGGGUUUCUUCGAUGGGAACGGAAGUCGUCGGCGAGAAGUCCCAUGGAAUUUCCCUGGACUACCUCAAUUACUGGCCGUCCCUAAUGGCUUUGGAAAGGUAUGGAAUCAGCAAAGCUGGCAACUGGCUGCAUGGAGUGGAGUUUGCAAGACGCCAUCAGGAGGAUGGCAUCGUUAGCGUGCCUUGUAAUCCUGGGCAUCUCAACUCUGACCUUUACCGGGACGGAGGUUUCCUGUUCAAAAGCUUGAUCAAGACUUUGGUUCUUCAGCCCCCUAUCUUUGGUGCUUACACAGAGUUGUUUUCCGGGCUGUCGCCUAGCAUCACGAUGAAGGAAAGUGGAAAAUGGGGUAAGUUCCAUGAGAAGAUGUGA